UGGGCCCCACCCCCGCAGGCGCGAUCCCGCUCCCGUGAGUCGAACGCCCAUAUCCGGGUUCCCGCCGCCGCCACCGCCGCUGCCGCCGCCGCUGCCGCCGCCUUGCUCAUUCAGCCCUGUCAGGAGUGGUGUGAUUCCCGACCAAGAUGGCGGCUGCGGGGCGAGUCGGUUCCUUUGGUUCCUCUCCACCCGGGCUAGCCUCGACUUACGCCGGCGGGCCGCUGGCUAACGAGCUGGCGUCAGGCAGCGGCAGCUCCGCUGCGGGCGACGACGAGGACGGACAGAACCUGUGGUCCUGCAUCCUCAGCGAGGUCUCCACGCGCUCGCGCUCCAAGCUCCCGGCGGGGAAGAACGUGCUGCUGCUGGGUGAAGAUGGAGCUGGAAAAACAAGUUUAAUAAGAAAAAUUCAGGGAAUAGAGGAGUACAAGAAAGGAAGAGGACUGGAAUAUUUGUACUUAAAUGUGCACGACGAAGACAGGGAUGAUCAAACAAGGUGUAAUGUGUGGAUCUUGGAUGGAGACUUGUAUCACAAAGGGCUCCUCAAGUUCUCGCUCGAUGCCCUUUCUCUGAAGGACACUCUAGUGAUGCUGGUUGUUGAUCUGUCAAAGCCCUGGACUGCUUUGGAUUCUUUACAGAAAUGGGCAAGUGUGGUUAGAGAACACGUGGACAAGUUGAAGAUUCCUCCUGAAGAGAUGAAAGAAAUGGAGCAGAAGUUGAUUAGAGACUUCCAAGAGUAUGUGGAGCCAGGAGAAGACUUCCCAGCUUCUCCUCAGAGAAGAAACACUGCUGCACAGGAGGGCAGAGACGACAGUGUUGUUCUACCCCUAGGUGCCGACACACUUACACAUAACCUGGGCAUUCCGGUACUAGUAGUUUGUACAAAGUGUGAUGCCAUUAGUGUGUUGGAGAAGGAACAUGAUUACAGAGAUGAACAUUUUGAUUUCAUCCAGUCACAUAUCCGGAAGUUCUGUUUACAGUAUGGUGCAGCACUCAUUUACACUUCAGUAAAAGAAAACAAGAACAUAGACUUAGUAUAUAAAUACAUUGUUCAGAAGCUGUAUGGAUUUCCCUAUAAGAUCCCCGCUGUUGUUGUGGAAAAGGAUGCAGUAUUUAUUCCGGCAGGGUGGGAUAAUGAUAAGAAAAUAGGAAUAUUACACGAAAAUUUUCAGACAUUGAAAAUAGAAGAUAAUUUUGAAGACAUCAUAACUAAGCCACCUGUCCGGAAGUUUGUACAUGAGAAGGAAAUUAUGGCAGAAGAUGACCAAGUGUUUCUUAUGAAGUUACAGUCCCUUUUAGCAAAGCAACCACCAACUGCAGCUGGAAGGCCUGUGGAUGCUUCACCAAGAGUCCCUGGAGGUUCUCCUCGAACACCAAACAGAUCUGUGUCCUCCAAUGUUGCCAGUGUGUCCCCCAUCCCUGCUGGGUCAAAAAAAAUUGAUCCAAAUAUGAAAGCUGGAGCUACAAGUGAAGGUGUCCUGGCAAAUUUCUUCAACAGUUUGUUGAGUAAGAAGACUGGCUCUCCUGGAGGCCCUGGUGUUGGCGGUGGCAGCCCUGGAGGAGGGACUGGAGGGGGAAGCAGUAGUUUACCACCAUCUGCUAAAAAGUCAGGCCAGAAGCCUGUACUCUCAGACGUUCAUGCGGAACUAGACAGAAUCACACGGAAACCAGCUUCUGUUUCUCCUACAACACCUACGUCUCCUACGGAAGGAGAAGCUUCUUGAGGAUACCAAAUAAAGCCAUGCAUUCAGUUUUCUGGGAUAACGUAAACUUGCCUCUGCCUUUUCCUUCAAAGUUGGAAUUAGGGAGCUGGAGUGCUUUUACAAACAAAGUUUAUGUCUUUUUUUUUUUGGUGGUUGCCCAUUUUUAUAAAAGGAUCUAUACAGAAGAAAAUGUAUUCUACAUUAUGUAUAUUAUGUAGACUUGUUUGCAUUGCCAUUCUGCAUAAAGAAGCAAUUUUGGAUUUUGAAAAUCUCCAGAUGUGUAAGCCAGGUGAUCCUGUUCUCAAGGCUGUACAAACCACACAGGAGUGGUUAGGAAAGUGCAGAAAAUAUGUAAUUUGGGCAGCUGGUUGACUCAGAAAUCUAAACUUGUUUUGGGUAAGACUAUUAAAAUCAUUUUUAAAGAUACCUUAUGUUUUACUGAAAAAAACUAAUAUGUUCAGUUGUCAGAUUUUUCACACCAACAUAAAUGUGACCAUACCUGAGGAGUGUGCUUAGAAAACUGUCAGGAAGACACACUUGGUGACUGUGUCCAUCACUGGUCCUGUAAGCUACCAUCAGAAUGGCUUAGAAUCAUUGGCCAAUCAUUGUUUCUUUAUGUAACAAGGAAAGAAAGCACACUGCCUAAAAGUUUAAAAGAAAAAUGCAGAGGUUAUAAAAAUGUAAAGAGAUAACAGUCUUUGGAUUUGUCUAUACAUAUAUAUACAUAUAUAUAUAUAUAUACGGCACUGCCUUAAUAUACUCCUUUUUCGUUUGUGACUUUCAACUGUAAUCAGUUAAUAAAGUAUUUAUUCUCUGCAUCAGGUUCAAA